AUAUUAAUCCUGGCAUAUGCAGUACGUGCAUGAUCGUUGAACGGGAAUGUUUAUUAAUUUUAAUCUCAUAUUAACUAACCUUACAUAAUGUUCGUAAAAUCAUAUAAAAUAAGACAUAAAUUUGUUGAUCUCAAAGAAGCUUUUAAAAAUUCAUUGAAAAUAUUUAAGAUUUCGAAGAAACAAAUACAUACUAUUCCCAAAGAAGGACCAUGGAGUGUAUUAUUUUUUGGUGUUGAUGAUUUUUCAUUAGAGAGUUUAAAAGGUUUACAUGAAGAAUACAAAUUAAAAAAAUUAUGUCGAUUGGAAGUAGUUACUACAAAACAAAAUAAGAAACAUGAAGUUAGAGAUUAUGCAAUGCAAAAUGGAAUUGUAAUGAGAACGUGGCCUCUAACAAUUGAUAUUGAAGAUUUUCAUAUAGGAAUUGUUGUUUCUUUUGGUCAUUUAAUACCAAAGAAUAUAAUAAAUUCAUUUCCAUUAGGUAUGUUAAACGUUCAUGGCAGUUUAUUACCAAAGUGGAGAGGGGCAUCGCCAAUUACAUACUCUUUAAAAAAUGGAGAUACACAUACAGGUGUUACAAUAAUGAAUAUAUUGCCGAAAAAAUUUGACAUUGGAGAGAUAAUAGCACAGGAACAAAUAAGUAUUAAUCCAGACGAAACGUUACCAGAAUUACGUGCCAAACUAGCAAAAAUAGGCGCAAAUCUUCUAGUCAAAACAAUAGAACAAUUACCAUUAAUAUUAUCAAAUGGAAGACCUCAAAACGAAUUGGAGGCAACAUAUGCUCCCAAAUUUACAUCAAAGAUAUCCUUAAUAAAAUGGGACGAAAUGUCAGCUAUAGAUAUAUACAAUCUACAACGUGCUCUUAUAGGAUUAUAUCCAUUAACUACAAAAUUUCGAAAUACGAUCAUUAAAUUAUUAGAUAUUCAAAAAAUAGAAAAACCAAAUCAUUUAUCACAUAUAGAGCCAAAUAUACCAGGUGUUGCGACAUUUGAUAAACUAAAUAAAGUUCUAAUUGUAAAAUGUAAAGACGAUAAUUGGAUAUCUGUCGCGAAAGUAUGUAUUCCAGGACAUCACCCGAUGAGCGCAAAUGAUUUUAACAAUGGUUUCAUUCUUGGCCAGAAACAGAGAAUAAUAAUUUUUCAAUAAAAAAAGAAAAAAAAAAUGCAACACCUUUACCAUUUAAUGAAUAUAUAUAUAUACACACAUACAUAUAUAUAUAUAUAUAUAUAUAUAUAUAUAUAUAUAUGAACCUUUGGAAUCUAAUAUGAGUUAUUAUUACUUCUUUUUCAUGAUUACAAUGUUGAAGAGAUGAACGUGUUUAUUUAGAAAUGAACACAAAGGGAAAUUUUAUUCAUGCUCGUUUAAUUUAACACAUUCUUUAUUCUCUUGGCACUUUAAACGGCUGAGAAAAAUAGGACAAAGUCAAACGAUAUACGUUUUAAUAAUUAUUGAAAAGCAAAAGAAAAAAAAAAAUGAAGAAGAGUUUAUAAAGAAAUGGA